UGUGUGAAUUGCGACAUGAACACGACCAGAACCAGGCCCUCAAUUAAAAUCAUUUUCACCAACAUAAAAAGAGACAGUCACCGUAUUUCUCCCCCAAUUGACCCCUUUUGAUUUCCUGCAAAUUCAACCAAUCGAUUGCCCAAAACCAUGGGUUUGGAGAACGUAAGCGGCCUCGCGAUGCAUGUUAUCCUCUCCAAAUCGGGCCCUACCGAAGCCGCCGCCGUCGCCUGCCUCGGCAAGCGCUUUCGCGCCUGGGCCUCCGAUGACCUCUUAUGGGCCCAGUUCUGCUCACACGAGCUCGAUCUCACCUCCCCUCUCGAUCCUGACGACAAUCCCGCCCCUUCAUUCAAGGCAGCUUAUCAAGCAUGGCGGGAGAGUUUUUCGAUGUAUCCAUGGCCACUUGUCUUACGGGUUAGAAGGUGCUGGGGCAGAAUUAAGGCAUGGUUGGCAGUAAACUUUCCGGAGGCUUUGCCAACUCUGCGCAAAGGCGCAUCAGAAGAUGCGAUUGAGGAUUUUGAGAAGGCUUUGAAAGUUAAACUGCCUCUCCCUACUAGGGUGCUCUACCGAUUUUGUGAUGGUCAAGAGCUACCGGAUGAGGGCUCGAGUGGAGGGAUGCCGUCGAGUUUAUUGGGUAUAAUUGGUGGCUACACUCUAUAUGAUCACUUGGUGAAUGUGUUUUUGUUACCCUUGAGCCAAAUCAUACUUGACACGAAGAGUAUUAUGGAUCAAAUCGGGCUGAGCAGUAGAUCCAAGUAUAUUGUAGUGGCAGCUUCUGCUACUUACAGUGAAAAGCUUUUCUUUUUGAACUGUGGCAGUGGCCAGCUUUUCGUUGGCACAAGGAAUCUUGUGACGGAUGGGGAGAUGCUUCCUUGUGUUCCGGAUACAUUGAUCAGUUCUGUGCAUGAUCGAUCAGGAAGCCAGCAGCAGGAUGCCAUGCUUUUGUGGCUUGAAGAACAUGGUCGUCGGUUGGAAGAGGGCAUUAUUAAAGUUCGCCAACAAAGGAAAAUGCGAAGUAUCAAUUUGUUCCCGGAAGAGCCACCCCUCUGUACGUCUGCUAUAACAAAUGGUGUUAAGGUUCGUGCUUCUGCUGCAUUUCUGCCUGAGUUCAGCAACCUCCAAGAUGAAUUAGAGAAGUUUCUGUUUGCAUAUUCAAUUCGCAUGUCUCUUUCACCCGAUGGCUGUGUCAUCAAUGGGUUGACCUUCAGUUCUUGCCAAUUGUAUUGGAGACAGUGGAUUAUACGUGCUAAUGAUACAAUUGUCUCUAAUGUAAAUGGGGAAGCGGUGAUUGGGAAGUUUCCACUACUUCGUCCUGGUGAGGCAGAGUUUGUUUAUGAGAGUUGUACAUCUCUACGUGCAUCCAAAGGAUCAGUCGAAGGCUCUUUUACUUUUGUUCCCGGAAGAUUAGUUGAUCCAGAAGGUGCCCCAUUCCCCGUGGAAGUAGCUCGAUUUCCCCUUCAGCUUCCAGACUACAUAUUCUGAUGAACAUACUUGCGAUGCAACUUUGUUAUGUUAUAUGAUAUGCUCAACAUUCUUUCAUUGUUGAAGCUUGGUGUAUCCUUUUCCUUUUUAUUUGUAAGGAAUGUGUGAUUUUGAUUGUUGGUAGAAUGAUGGUGUAAUUGCUUUUUAGUAUACUUACAUCAUUUGGGGAGUAUAUCUUUUUGGCUAAAAGUCCUCCAUUUGGCCACCUGGUUUA